AUGGGGCGAUCUACGGGUAGUUUGCUCAUCCUGGCUGUUUUGGUCGUGGGUGUUUAUUCGGCGGCCUUAGAAGGACCCAUUGACUUCUACAAACUGUACGAUAAUCCCGAGGCUCAUGUUAGUCUCAAGGGUAAAGCAACCACGGCUGAUCGCACGGCCGCACAUGGAUAUCCUUCGGAGCACCAUCAUAUCACAACCGAGGAUGGUUACGUCCUGGGAGUAUUCCGGAUUCCCUACUCCCACAAGUUGCAGAACCAGAACGCAAAGCGACCCAUUGUGCUGCUCCAACAUGGUUUGGGCAGUUGCUCAGAUGCCUGGAUUUUGCAAGGACCUGAUGACAGCCUUCCAUACUUGCUGGCGGAUGCGGGCUAUGAUGUGUGGAUGGGCAAUGCCCGGGGUACUUCCUAUUCCAGAAACCACACCACUCUCUCCCCGGAUCAUCCACUUUUCUGGCAAUUCAGUUGGCAUGAGAUCGCCAUCUACGAUAUUUCGGCUAUUAUAGAUUACGCCUUGAGGACGGAGAAUGGUGAGGGUCAGGAGGCCAUCCACUAUGUGGGCCACUCGCAGGGCACUACGGUGUUCUUUGCCCUGAUGUCCUCGAUCCCCGCCUACAACUAUAAGAUUAAAACCGCCCACUUGUUUGCCCCCGUGGCCAUUAUGAAGAACCUGUCCAGCCCGUUGGUGCGCUACUUGGGUCCCUAUUUGGGCCACAGGAAUGCCUACUCGAUCCUGUUUGGCUCCCAGGAGUUUUUGCCCUACAACGAGUUCGUCAUGGCCUUGUUUUUCAAUAUUUGCCUACCUAAUGUCAUCUACCGACCGGUGUGUGAAAGUGCCAUGAAAUCUCUGUACUCUGGAGGUCGUGUGAAUAUGACUGCCAUGCCAGAGGCCAUGGCCACGCAUCCUUCAGGUUGUUCCACCGACCAAAUGUUGCAUUAUCUACAAGAGCAGCAGUCGGGCUACUUCCGCCAAUUUGAUCAUGGAACCAAGAAGAACCUGCAGGUUUACGGAUCCGAGGAACCUCCGGAGUACCCUGUCGAGCUGAUAAAUUCCCUGGUUCACCUGUGGUAUGCGGAUAGUGAUGACCUUGCCGCCGUGGAGGAUGUGGAGGAAAUAGCCAGAAGGUUACCCAAUAAGGUGAUGCAUCACAUGGCGGAUCCUGAGUGGAAUCAUGGGGAUUUUGCCCUGAACUGGGAGGUCCGUGAAUAUGUCAACGAGCCUGUGAUUGCCAUCAUGGAGGAGUACGAGCUGAAGAACAGCGGAACGUGA